UUAUAUUAGUGUGUUCUAAAUGUAAUCAUGAGUCUGGGUCUCUUUCAGGAUCCGUCCGUCACGCAGGUGACUAACUCUGGAAUCGAUCACAUUGAAAGUUUCAGUCCGUUUCCUGAUGGCAGCUCAGUGACGGGGAGCACCAUCCCUGCCACCGCCGGCCCGUAUCAGCCCGCCGUCCUGCAGCCGUCAGUGGAGCCCAGUCCACAGGUCACAGCUGCAGCUGCGCAGGCCAGUCUGAUCAAACAGCAGGAGGAGCUGGAGAGGAAAGCAGCCGAGCUCGAGCGACGAGAACAAGAGCUGCAGAACCAAGGAGCGCCGACAGGUAACAC